AUGCGUCCAGCAGGCGCUGCAUCAUACUCCGCCGGAACUCGUAGCAGAACAGCACUUCCGGAUCGUACGGCCGCCGCGGCGGACAGCACUUCCGGACAGGCACGACCGUCCGGUUGUCAUCGCACGUGCCGCCGCCGAUCGUCUCGAACUUUCGAUUUUUGGUCCGGCAAGACGCGACGACGCCACCACCGCCGUUCACGACUGAACUACUUGUCGCGACAGACCACGACGGUCCACCAGCCGAUCGCGACAACGAAAAACGCGUUGUUGGCACCGGAACGGACGGUAUUCAUCGUCAGCACUGAGGCACACACGGUUCGGGCGGUGGCAGCCAUUUUCUUUCGUACGUCUCGUAGAUCGUUGGACGCUCUGCCACCACGCUCGUAUGUAAUAUUAUAA